AUGUUAGAGAGGCUUCAUUUUUUCGUUCUACCAUGCUUGUUAAUGUCAUCGCCUACGUUGGAAGUGCUGGACUAUGGUGUUCUCUCGCAGAACAUUACUGGCAAUAUCGCUGAAGCACUUUCGAAUGCAACCGACAUCGACGAUUACGAAUAUAAACUAUUCGAUAACUAUUUUCCACUACUUUUGGUAUUGAUGUCGUUACCAAAAAACGAAACUGAAAGUCUGGAGAAGUACAUGAAUCAACGCACGUAUGCCGAGUUGAAAAGGAUGAUCGACGAGAAACAAAAGGUUAGUGACAUUAGUGAACUGGUUUCCGAACUGGAACAGAACAACACCGAUUUGUCCGAGUUCCUUGCCGUAGUCAACAAUCAAAGGUAUCUGGAUCUACUUGAGGCCUACCAUAAUGCUUCCAUUUACAAUGCUAUACGAGGCGUAUGGAGCACACAGCUGAAUCCUCUUUUGCCAGAGAUUGACCAACUCGCUAUACUCGAGUACUUCGCUGAAAGGCGAUCCAAUGAACACUUCCGUCAGUCAUUCUGGUCAAGGAUAUGGGCGGCGAUAAGGAGUUGGCUAAUGGGAAAGAAGGAAUACCAAGAAUGUAACGCGGAUGAACCCCGUUGUAUACGUCGUAUAGUAGAGCGGCUUCCUCUCGAGAUGCGAGUGGAACUGGAUCAAGCCGCCGAGACCGACAAUCUCAACAUCGUCGACAAUAUCAUCACAGAAGAGCUGAGCAAUCAGCCACCAUCAGCGCAGGAAGAAUUCGAGUUGUGGAAAAGCGCAAAUUCGCCUCCAAAACCGCUGCUGGACAUAAUCGCCGACAAAACGGAAGUAGAAGAAAGAGCUUUGGAGCGAUUACGAGCCUACGAUCUGCUAAACUCUCUGAAAGACUAUUAUCGAGCAAUGAUCGAGAGCAGAAGUCAUGCGGAACAAGAGGAAAUUCGUCGAUUUUUUCAACGGAUGAAUGACUCUUUCGCACGAUGUUUCAAUCCAAUUAAAGACAAAUACGAGUAUCGCUAUUGA